AUGAAGUUAGUCUGGCUCAUCUGCACAGUGGCUGCUGAAAUUUCACCCGCAGACAGCCCGAUACCCAUCAGGCACUUUGGACUGUCGAUAUCUGAGGAUGCCAUGCGCUCUCAAAUCACUGUUUGCAGCACAACUGCAGUCAGCAACUGCUCCGACAACUCGUACCUGAAUAUUGUCUGUCACCAGAUCCCAAAUCUUCAACAAACCUCUUCUUCUGUUGUUGAAGAACAAACAAUUAAGUCUGUGGAAGUCGUUUUUUUAUUUGAUGGAUCAGCGAGUAUGACCGAAAGAGAAUUCAACAAAAUUAAGGACUUCAUUGAGGAGAUAAUGGGCAGCCUUAGGAACACAACAGUAACGUUCGCAGCAGUUCAGUUCUCCACAAGAGUCCACAAAGUGUUUGAUUUCAACGACUAUGCAGCUGGACGUGCUCUCGAUGAACUUGUUAAUGAAAAACAUUUAAAAGGUCUCACCAUGACACACAGAGCCCUCGAAUUUGUGUUAGAUGAAAUGUUUCAAAAUCCAGCUACAGGCGCCUCUCCUGAUGUUACCAAAGUUCUGAUUCUCAUCACAGAUGGAGAUCCCUCUGAUACAGACAGGAGAGGGAUCAUUAAAAGAUACGAUGAUAAAAAUAUAAUUCGUCUUGUCAUCGGGGUCGGAGCUGCUAAGCUGGAUAAAUUCAGGGUCAUUGCUUCAGAGCCAAAACAUGGAAAUGCCUUCAAAAUUGAGAACUAUGAUGGACUCACAGGAGUGCUGGAGAAUUUACAGAAAAAGAUAUUUACUGUGCAAGGUUGCACAGCUCCUCUGGCAGAAUUCAGUGGAUUCAGUGCUGUUUUCAAAAAGGAUAGCCUGAUCGUGGGUUCUGUGAGAUCAAACAGCUGGCGUAGUUUUCUCCGUAGACCUCAAGAACGAAUGCAGGGUUACCUGGGAAAUUCCAUUUCCAUUGGAAAGAAAAACGGUGUUCCUUUGUAUUUCGUGGGUUUACCAAAGUUUGAGCAAACAGGACAGAUCAAAGUUUUCAGACACCGCUGUGAACAAUGGACAUUACUUCAAAGAAUUCGUGGAGAACAGAUUGGUUCCUACUUCGGUGCUGAGCUGUGCUCAUUAGAUGUUGAUUCAGAUGGGAGCACUGACUUCCUGCUGGUAGGAGCUCCACAGUUUCAUCUGCCUCAGGUGAAGAAAGAAGGCCGGGUCUACAUCUACUCUGUGAGCGAUGAGACUGUACUGGAAAGUAACCAGGAUGUGACAGGACCAUCCAUGGGUAGAUUUGGCACCACCAUAUCCAGUCUUCCAGACCUGAAUGGAGAUGGACUACGAGACGUAGCUGUCGGCGCUCCGCUUGAGGAUGAUAAAAGCGGGGCUGUGUAUAUCUACUAUGGCAACAGGCAGAGAGGGAUAGUCAGCACUUUCAACCAGAGAAUCAUGGGAAAAAAUAUAGACCAUGGGCUGAAAUUCUUUGGAAGAGCCAUCUUCGGGGACGUCGGGGAGGAUGGACUAUCGGGUGUUGUGGUUGAAUCACAUGGUGCAGCUGUUGUAUUCAGAUCCAAGCCGGUCUUCAACGUCUUGGCUCGUCUGUCUUUUCACCCUGAGAACCUUGACACCCUGAGUCCAGAUAAAAAUGUAGCUGUGGUUAAAAUAACGGCAUGCUUUGAAAAGGUUGAAGCAACAAAGAGCAAAGCAGGGCCAGUGAGCUCAGCAUUGAACAUCACAUAUAUACUUAAUGUGAUGGGUCAAGCAAGUCAAAGUAUGUUCAGUCAGACCCUGGAGCUGAGAGAUGAAAACACCUGUGUCAGCUACUCCAUCAACAGAGCAAACUAUGUGGCAGACACAUCAACACCUCUCAGGAUCAGACUUAACUUCCUUCAACCUGACAGCGAGAGCGCGAGCGCCGUCCUGAGCGUGGACUCUGAAAGAGAGGCUGUCCUUGAGAUUCCCAUUUCAAAAUAAUGCAGAAGUGAAAGCUGACCUGUUCAAGAACAUAUUUCUGAUCUUUAGCAAGUAACAAACAUGCUCAGAGGAGUUAUUAUCAUGGAG